AGCACCCGCCUUCCCCUUUCUCAACCGCCUUCCUGCUUGCGCUCUCAACCUAACUUGUUCCCUAGCGAGCCCCGCCUUCUCCCUGCUGUGUCUUAGGAAACUAUCAGGGCGAUCGAGAGGGCGCUUGGCGCUUUCCCCACAUUUGGACUUGAUACCAGGCGAAAGAAGAAGGGAGGUGGGAGGUAGCAGGCUAGGUUGCGUGGAGCUCUGUGGUCGUUUGCUCGCGUGGGUGGGGAAGUGAGGAGGAGGAGAGACUGGCUCGUUGCAGUUGGGAGCGCCUGUCAUGGAGGAGCUGCGUUGGGAACGGGGCGCGGCGACACGGACGGCUUCGUGAGAAGCGGCGUGGUGACUGCUCGGAGAAGAGGGAGCCGACCUGGUCUUUUGGCAGCGCCUUGAGAAGGUUGCUGCAUAUAGUGUUUACAUUAAGAGUUCACAUGUUAAAAAUUCAUGUUGUACGCAGAGGUAACACAUCUGCCAAGGAGAGUGUGCAGGGACUAUCUCCAACUCUGUGGUUCCAGUUAUUCCAUUAUUUGUGAUUCUGAAGAACAAGUCAGAGAGAGAAGAAGAGACUAAAUGGAUCUUAAGACAGCAGUAUUCAAUGCAGCUCGGGAUGGCAAACUGCGGCUUCUCACCAAGUUGCUGGCAAAUAAAUCUGAAGAAGAAGUGGCCUUGCUGAUGUCAGAAAAAACAAAUGGUGCCACACCCCUUUUAAUGGCAGCCCGCUAUGGUCAUCUUGACAUGGUGGAACAUCUACUGGAACACUGCAGUGCUUCUAUAGAAGUUGGUGGCUCUGUGAAUUUUGAUGGUGAGACUAUUGAAGGUGCACCACCAUUAUGGGCAGCAUCAGCAGCUGGCCAUUUGAAGGUGGUCCAGUCUUUAUUAAAUCACGGAGCAUCUGUCAACAAUACAACUUUGACAAACUCAACACCUCUUAGAGCUGCCUGUUUUGAUGGUCAUCUAGAAAUUGUAAAGUACCUUGUGGAACACAAAGCUGACUUGGAAGUAUCAAACCGUCAUGGACAUACAUGCCUUAUGAUAUCUUGUUACAAAGGGCACAAAGAAAUUGCUCAGUAUUUGCUUGAGAAAGGGGCUGAUGUAAAUAGAAAAAGUGUCAAAGGAAACACGGCAUUGCAUGAUUGUGCAGAAUCUGGUAGCCUGGAAAUCAUGAAGAUGCUUCUCAAAUAUUGUGCAAAGAUGGAAAAAGAUGGUUAUGGAAUGACUCCCCUUCUCUCUGCUAGUGUUACAGGUCACACAAACAUAGUUGACUUUUUGACCCAACAUGUUGAAACUAGUAAAGCAGAACGCAUCAAUGCACUGGAACUCCUAGGAGCCACAUUUGUGGACAAAAAGAGAGACUUGCUUGGUGCUUUGAAAUACUGGAAAAGAGCUAUGGAUAUGAGGUACAGUGAUAGGACUAAUAUACUCAGCAAACCUGUGCCUCAAACAUUAAUAAUGGCUUAUGAUUAUGCCAAGGAGGUGAACAGUGCCGAAGAGCUAGACAACCUUAUUGCAGAUCCUGAUGAGAUGAGAAUGCAGGCCUUGUUAAUUAGAGAACGUAUUCUUGGCCCAUCUCACCCAGAUACAUCCUACUAUAUUCGGUACAGAGGUGCUGUUUAUGCUGACUCUGGAAACUUCAAACGAUGUAUCAAUCUGUGGAAGUAUGCUUUGGACAUGCAGCAGAGCAAUUUGGACCCCCUUAGCCCUAUGACUGCCAGCAGUCUGCUAUCAUUUGCUGAACUCUUCUCCUUCAUGCUUCAAGACAGAGCCAAAGGCCUGCUGGGCACAACAGUUACAUUUGAUGAUCUUAUGGGUAUACUGUGCAAAAGUGUCCUUGAAAUAGAACGUGCCAUCAAACAAACUCAGUCUCCGCCUGACCAAAUACAGCUCAACAAAGCCCUUUCCAUCAUUUUGCAUUUAAUUUGCUUGCUGGAAAAAGUUCCUUGUAGUCCUGAACAAGAUCAUUUCAAGAAACAAACUAUAUAUCGAUUUCUUAAACUACAUCCUAGAGGAAAGAAUAACUUUAGCCCACUACACCUUGCUGUUGACAAGAACACCACAUGUGUGGGGCGCUACCCAGUUUGUAAAUUUCCUUCUUUGCAAGUUACUGCUAUACUAGUGGAAUGUGGUGCUGAUGUAAAUGCUAGAGACUCUGAUGACAACAGCCCUUUACACAUAUCUGCACUGAACAACCAUCCUGACAUCAUGAAUCUUCUUAUCAAGUCAGGUUCACAUUUUGAUGCAACAAACUUGCAUAAACAAACUGCUAUUGACUUGCUGGAUGAGAAGGAGAUGGCAAAGAACUUGAUCCAGCCCAUCAACCAUACAACACUGCAGUGUCUUGCUGCCCGUGUAAUUGUGAAUCAUUGCAUAGGUUACCAAGGGCACAUCCCAGAAAAACUUGAGAACUUUGUUUUGCUCCAUAGAUGAUAGUCUGACAAUAGGCCCUUGGUACUGUGGGAGCAUGAGUUAGUAACAUUAAUUGUUGCUUUCUCAAGCACUGUUGUGAUAUGCCAGCGAUACACCAUCAUUCAUUCAGCUUGAUCCAUCUUGCUCAUUAGCUAAAGCAUUAUUAGAAUCAGAUCUGCAGAACUGGUUACCCAAUAUUUAAAACAAAACAUAUCAUAUAAUAUAUUUUGUGAAUUGUUUAGAAAUGUAACGCUAUAUUCGGACUCACUAAAACUGUCUGCCAAAGGCUUGUCUACUCUGGUUUAGUUUGCCUGUUGGUUGUUUGGGACUGAACUGAAUAAUUUUUGUGAUGUUGUCUAAUUCUUACUGGUGUGUGGAUUUUAUAUAGUUGGGAAGUCAUCUUUUUGUUCUUGCUUGAGCAUUUCUACUCUUCUUUUUUUUCUAAUGGGUUCAUUGCUGAACUAUACAAGUUGUAUGGACUUGUUAACAUUUGCAAUUACCAUAAGUGCUUUUAUCCUCUCUAUGCAGUGGCUUGAACAUGACUGUUUGUGUGUUGGCAUAUUUCUAUGCAGCAGUUGGCCAUUUUCAGCUCUGACACUGAUUUCUUGCAGUUUGUUGGAGAUCUCUUUGAAAAUACACCCUUUACAGCAUAACAGUUCUUGAAGACAUCAGUCAGCUGUUCAAACUCUCAUUUGACUUUUUGCCCCUAGCUUUUUCUGCAGUUGCUUUCCAUUGAUUUUUCUAGAGUUACGUGCUGAAUUUGGGAGUAAAAUGUGUUCUUGUUGGCAAACCCACUUUUAAAUUAAGUCUGAAAGUCAUUUUAAUAUGUCUUGCUGCGAGGGGAGAAAGGAAAUUAAUUGCUGUUUUCUCCUCUACACUGGUGUCUUGCUUGAGCUGGUUGUGUGACUAGGCAUAGAAAGUCCCCCCCCCCCAAUUUAACCUGAAACUUAAUCAUACAGUUCAGUGAGAACUCAAUCAAACAUAGUCUGAAAUUACAACUCAAGAUUCUUAGCUACAAAAGAAACAAAAGCAUGUUGGCAUGAUGCUUGUCAGUUCAGAUCUAGCCAUCAACUAGUAUAAUUAAUUAUAUGGUUGUAAUCAGUAGCCCUCUGCAUGGGCUUCAGAAGUUUAGUAGUAUCCCAUCUUCAUUUUAAAAUAACUGUUAUGGAUAAUUUGCAUGUAUUUUAUUCUCUAAAAACUUUCAGCCAUAUUUAUAGAAACACCAGAGGCAAUGUUGAGUACAUAGUCUCAACUGAAAGCUAUCUAUUUUUAUAAUGCUUGCACAACAGCUUAGCUAUUGCAGCAGAAAGGGCUUUUUAGACUUGAUAAGGAAACCAUAUGUGAAGACUACAAAUGAGAUUAAGAUUCAGGUAAUUAAUAUAAUUCAGCACUUUAUUGUUGAUUCAUAAUGAAACUUAUUAUGGCAUAAUAGACCUGCUAUGUCUUAAAAUAAAAUGGUUCUCAAGAAAAAAACACCUCAUUUUUCUUUGAGUGGAAUAUAUAGCAUUUCUACAAUCCAGCAUAUUGGGUGUUUUGUACUAUUUACUUUAUCUCAAUUGAUUGCUAUAUUGACUGCCUUUUCAGUUCAGAAAUACAACAUAGAUUACUAUGGAUUUGUGGCAGUUGACAGUGCAGGAGAAAUUCAGGAACAAAGUAAUGCAUCAAGGUUGGCACAAAUCUGAAAUGCCUUUUUUAAAAUUACAAUAUUAUUACUUUCAGUUGAUUAAUCAGGUUUAGUCUGUACAUCCUCACAGUAUAUAUUAAGUAGUAGUCACACUGACUUUUUAAAAAUCAUGUCAUUGGCCCUGUUCUGACAUAAUGCUAAACCAUGGGUUAGAAUAUGAGAACAAAGCUGCAAAGAGUCUGUGUGUUUUCUUACUUCCCUCUUCUCCUUUGUAUUUGUGGGAAGUAGAAUGAAAGCCUCCACUUCCAGUUUUGAAUAAAUAACAAUUUUCCUUAUGUCCUAACUCAGUAAACUGUGGUUAAUUCUAACUGGCUAGUUCAAACAAGCCAAGAUUAAACAAUGAUUUUAGUUAACUAAUCAGACUGAAUAAAUCACAUUUUCCCAGUUUAGGAUAUUACAGGGAUAAAUGGUUUAUUAAAAACCAAGUAGAAGCUUUCAAUCUCCUUUUCUCACAUGUAAAGGAGGAGAAGAGGGGAGAGUAAGGGGCAUGAGUCCAACAGUUCACUGUUGUUCGUUCUUGUAAUGCUAAAUCAUAUUUUACUUUUACAACUCAACUGGAUCAUUGUCUAGUCUAGUGUGUAUUUGACAUAAAUUUAAAUUGUUUCAUCACAAUAAGAAAGGGAUGAGAAA